AUGAAAAUAAAUAGCUUCUACUUUUCACAGUUUAUCGUCCUGUCCGUGAUGGUGGCCGUGGCUAGCGCCGGGUACCUUGGUGCCCCCGCCGUCUACGCCCCCGGCGCGCCUCUGGCUGCCCGAGGAUACGCCGCCUCCGCCUACGCCGCCCCUGCGUAUGCCGCCCCCAUUGCUCGUUACGCCGCCCCCGUCGCUAGGGCCUACGCCGCCCCUGUCGCCAGGGCCUACGCCCCAGCUGUCGCUGCCGCCCCCGCCGCUGUCGAGUACGACCCCCACCCACAGUACAGCUUCGCCUACAACGUCCAGGACGCCCACACUGGUGACUCGAAAGCCCAGCACGAGAGCCGCAGCGGAGACGUCGUCCAGGGCAGCUACAGCCUGGCCGAACCCGACGGCUCCAUCCGCGUCGUCGACUACACCGCUGACCCCGUGAACGGCUUCAAUGCCGUCGUGCACAAGGAGGCUGGAGCCCACCCCGCAGUCGCCGCCCCCGUGGCCGUCGCCCACGCCCCCGUUGCAGUUGCCGCCCCCGCUAGGGCUUAUGCCGCCCCCAUUGCCAGGGCUGCCUACGCCGCCCCCAUCGCUAGGGCUGCCUACGCGCCCGCCCUGGCCUACGGUGGUGCCUACCAUGGUUAA